CAGGUUUAUGCGGGAGCGCGAUCACAACAACCAGCCCUCCAUUUCGCGCGCUGCACGCGACAACAGGAUUCGAUAUGCCUCCCGCCAAGCGAGUGAAGAGCAGCGCGGACUCCCGGCCGAAUGCCGAGUCGUCAAAGCGGCCGACCGUCGAGGAUCUGGAGGGGGAGAGCGAGUUCGCGAGUCUCGCGCGGCAGCAUUGGCUCAAGGCGACGCCGAAACACGCAUCCAAGGCGCAGGCCAAGGUCAAGGUAAAGAACGACGUGCUCAAGAGGGAGAUAUGGGACGUUUUGGAAAAGGAUAAUUUUCCUAUAAAGUCUCUGCUGGUGCUUGAAGGAUUGCAGACGUUGGAGAGCUACCUGUGGCCCGGAUAUGGAGAGGACUCGUCCAACUACCAUGUCCUCCUCAUCAUCUUGAUAGUCAAUGCCAAGCGGAGGGAGAGGUUAGAAACCUGGGACAUCUUCGCCGACCGCCCCGCUGAUUUCUCAGACCUCUUUCGCCGUGCCCUCUCCCUGACUCUCGAUGACUCUCUGACGUGGACCAUUCGAACUCAUGUUCUGUUGUUUAUCAUCCACGCUUUCCAGAGUCUGGACUGCGCCAUCGUUCGCAAGGAGUGCGCCCCUCUGGUUUCGAUCUCAAUCUGGCAUAACCUAUCGACGGAGGAGAAGCGCGUCGCAAUCCUCGAAGCGAACCCGCAAUUGAAGAAAGCUUGGAGGGCAUCCACCAAGCGGUACGACUCGGCCGACGACGCCACCAAGUCCCGCUUGCGCUUCGAGAGGUCUUGGCUGUACACCUUGGUUCUUGACUUCCUGGCCUUGCUCUAUACCGCGAACCCGAAACCAGAGCACUUGCUGUACUGCGAGCGCUUCGUCGAACUCUUGACGGAUCUGCUCAGCCAGCUCCCAACCCGGCGAUACGUCAACACCCUUCUCCAGGACAUGCACGUCCUCCCCGCCCUGACCCUGUCGCCUAUCUACAACGACGAGGGAAGCGGCUUGCUGCGAGAGAUGUGUGCCCUAUUCUCUCACUACACACAUUUCUGCGUCGAUGACUACUCCGGGGCCCAACUCAGCCUUAUUGAGGCGUAUGAUCGGCAUUGCGGUGCCCUGGCUAGGCUGCAAAGGACCGCACUGAAGCAUUUCAAGGAGAAGCUGACGCUGCUGGCACUGUCCAACUUUGGUUCGAUCGACAAGAGAUCCGGGCUCGAAAGCCUCCUUCAGCCGUUGACGGACGAGGAGCUCGCCCAGCUUACGCAACACCUGGGACUCCGCACCACAUACCCGGACUCCGCUAAGAUCCCGGUGGACCGCAAGUUCUUGAUGGAGGUCCUUCUGUCCACCUUUGAGCGCCGAAAGACUUUCCAGGAGGCGGCCCGUGACUUGAGUGUCCUGCCGACCGAAGAAGAGCUUUUCGACGCCAGCCUCAGGCGGACCGAUCACUACGACGGAGCUCGACCUGUGGCUCUUCCAAAGCUCAACCUACAGUAUCUGUCAGUCGGCGACUUCCUUUGGCGCGCCCUGAUUUUGUAUCGGUGCGAGUCCUUCUAUGCCAUCCGCCAAGAUAUCGAGGAUGUGUUGGCGCGGCUGAAGCCGGAGAGCAAACGCGGCGGGGUAACAACCUUCUCGGGCUUCUCAAGGAUGGCUCUACCCAUUGCCAAACCGACCAUCCUCGAGGUUGUACCGCCCCGCGUUGGUCAAGACAAGCCCUCCCUCGUCCGAGCCGAAGUGACUAUCGAUUUGAAGAGGCUGUCACCACAGGUGCGUCGAGAGUGGGAAUCCCUGCGCUCCGACGACGUGCUCUUUCUCGUCGCGGUGGACGCGUCGAGGUCAAGGCAGAGCGCAAACGGCCGUGAGCCGCAAUCAGAGGCCGAGAAACUUGGCCUGGUAGCCGUCCGCGCUGCAGAGGUCUUGCAGGUGCUUGACGACAAGGGACGAGCGAUCAGAGAUGUUAAUGCUUAUUUCGACGGCCAUGGCCGCAGCGAUUCUCGGAGGAUACACCUAGGACUCGAUGCGGCGGCUUACAAGGCAGACACCGAGGGCAAGCGGAACGUCUAUGACGGAAUCAACCUCCUCGUGCGACGCAGUGGCCGAGAGAACAACUUCAAGCCAGUACUAGAGUCGAUCCGGGAUCUCACGCUCUCCGAUGUCCCACUUGCUCCUUGGCUGCACGAAGUCUUCCUAGGCUAUGGAGACCCAGCCGGUGCCACCUACAAGCAUCUGCCCAACCGCGUCAGAACGGUUGACUUCCGAGAUACCUUUCUGAACUGGCAGCAUCUUGUUGAGAGCCUUCCCGGAAAGAUUGUUGAACCCAGCGACGACGUCUCUGGAAGCUUCGGCCCACCAUACGUGUUGGAGACCAUCGAGAAGCAGCCCGAGGACGCUGUUUCUAAGCCUUCAAAGAAGAGAAGGCGAGAUGCAGAGCCCGCCUUGAUUGCUGAAAUCGAAACAGUCCAUGUUUCAACUUACAAGCCGCCAAACAACGGGCCUUACCCAGUCGACGCGCCAAAGCUGAACAAGGUUCGGUUCACGCCGACACAGAUCGAAGCGAUCAUCUCAGGGACACAGCCUGGGUUGACUGUCAUCGUUGGCCCACCCGGCACGGGCAAGACAGACGUUGCCACCCAGAUCAUCAACAACAUAUACCACAACUUCCCGGAGCAGAAGACACUCCUCAUUGCGCACAGCAACCAGGCUCUCAAUCAAUUAUUCGCCAAGAUCGUGGCUCUCGACAUCGACGAGCGCCAUCUCCUUCGACUCGGUCAUGGAGAAGAGGAGCUGGAAACCGAAGCGAGCUUCAGCAAGCAUGGGAGGGUGGAGUCGUUCCUCGAGAAUCGGCAGCGCUUUCUCCUGGAAGUCAGUCGUCUAGCCGCAAGUAUGGGCGCACCCGGCGCUCACGGCAAUUCCGCCGAGACAGCCGGAUACUUCAACUCGGUCUAUGUUGAGCCGGCCUGGGCCAAAUUCAACGACACCGUCAAGUCGGAGGAGGUGGGCCCCCAAGAGAUUGUUCAGGCGUUUCCCUUCCACGCCUAUUUCGCGGAUGCCCCGCAGCCCCUGUUCCCGCCAGAGGCGGACCGCGAAACGGUUCUUGAGAUCGCCAAUGGAUGUUAUCGUCAUAUUUCCAAGAUCUUCUCGGAACUGGCAGAUGUGUUGCCCUUUGAAAUUCUGCGACGCGACAAGGACAAGGCCAACUACCUCCUGACCAGUGAAGCCCGGAUCAUCGCCAUGACCUCAACGCACGCCGCAAUGAGGAGGGGGGAGAUCGCCUCACUCGGGUUCCACUACGACAACGUUGUCAUGGAAGAGGCUGCCCAGAUCACCGAGAUUGAGAACUUUAUCCCAUUCGCCAUGCAGAAACCAAAAGACGGACGACCGGGUCUCCAGAGGGUGGUCCUGUGCGGUGACCACUACCAGAACUCGCCCAUCAUACAGGGGCUGGCAUUCCGGCACUACGCAAACCUGGAGCAGUCACUCUUUUCUCGCCUUGUCCGUCUCGGGGUCCCUACCAUCAACCUCGACCAGCAAGGCCGCGCUCGCCCAUCCAUCUCCAACUUGUACAGGUGGCGGUACCCUCACCUGACGGAUCUGCCGCAUACCAAGACGGAGGAGGAAUUUCUCACCGCCAAUGCCGGGUUCAAGUUCGAGUACCAGUUUAUCAACGUUCCCGACUACAAGGGUAAAGGAGAGACGGAGCCGUCGCCGCAUUUUAUCCAGAACCUGGGCGAAGCGGAAUACGCCGUCGCCAUCUACCAGUACAUGCGCCUGCUGGGCUACCCGGCAUCCAAGAUCAGUAUCUUGGCCACUUAUGCCGGGCAGAAGGCGCUCAUCAAGGAUGUCCUAGCUCACCGAUGCGCCAAGAAUCCGAUCUUUGGACUGCCUCGCGUCGUCACUACCGUCGACAAGUACCAGGGCGAGCAAAAUGACUGUAAGUCGCGGUGUCCUAGCCGUUUGAUAGACCACAGAUUUGAACGAAAAAAAGAAGGAAAAAAAAAAACUAACAUGCCCUUCUCCCAGACAUCAUCCUCUCUCUCACGCGCACCACCCGCGUCGGCUACCUCCGUGACAUCCGUCGCUUGACCGUCGCGCUCUCGCGCGCUCGCCUGGGCUUGUACAUCCUCGGCCGGCGCGAGGUGUUCGAGUCGUGCUACGAGCUUCGCCAGGCCUUCGAGCUACUGCUGCAGCGGCCGGACAAGCUGACACUCGUCACAGGCGAGAUGUGGCCGUCGAAGAGGAGGGUAUCGGUGGAGGCUAACCACGAGGAGCGGAAGGAAGGGGGGGAGGAG